UCCUGGUAAAAUACAAGAGCUCAUCCUUCUCCUCCUCCCCCCCUGCGGUGCUUGGAGAGGAGAGUGUUGGAGAGACUGCUGGGUUGAGGUGAUCUGACACACCGAAGAGCACCGUAAAUGAGGAAGCAGAGCGAGAAGUGAGCCGGUGAGUGCGCGCUGACUUGAACGCCCUCUGAACGCUCUGAGGGAGGCGAGGAGGGGCGCAGAGGAAGAUAAAGCCAUAGAUCCGUCCCUGUUCUGUCAAGGAAGCUAGCCCAUCAUCCUCUCGCGCCGCAAAGAUGGGGAACCGGGGAAUGGAGGAUUUGAUUCCUCUGGUGAACCGCAUGCAGGAUGCUUUCGCGGCCAUUGGGCAAAACGCAAACCUGGACCUGCCGCAGAUCGCCGUGGUGGGAGGACAGAGCGCCGGGAAGAGCUCGGUGCUGGAGAACUUCGUCGGGAAGGAUUUUCUUCCCCGUGGCUCUGGCAUUGUGACCCGCCGUCCUCUGGUCCUGCAGCUGAUGAACUCGCCCACCGAAUACGCCGAGUUCCUCCACUGUAAGGGUAAAAAGUUUACAGAUUUUGAUGAGGUCCGGCAGGAGAUCGAGGCGGAGACGGAUCGCGCGACUGGAGCCAACAAGGGCAUCUCCCCUGUGCCCAUCAACCUGCGUGUUUACUCUCCGCACGUGCUAAACCUGACACUUGUGGACCUGCCGGGGAUGACCAAGGUGCCGGUGGGCGACCAGCCUGCCGACAUUGAGUUUCAGAUAAGAGACAUGUUAAUGCAGUUUGUCACCAAGGAGAACUGUCUGAUGCUGGCCGUCUCCCCGGCCAACUCUGACCUGGCCAACUCCGACGCUUUAAAGAUUGCCAAAGAGGUCGACCCUCAGGGUUUAAGGACCAUCGGUGUGAUCACCAAGCUGGACCUGAUGGAUGAGGGAACCGAUGCUAAAGACAUCCUGGAGAAUAAGCUGCUUCCACUCAGGAGAGGUUACAUUGGUGUGGUGAAUAGAAGCCAGAAGGACAUAGAUGGAAAGAAGGACAUUAAUGCUGCAAUGGCUGCCGAGAGGAAGUUCUUUCUCUCCCACCCGGCAUACAGACACCUGGCUGACCGCAUGGGAACUCCCUACCUCCAGAAAGUCCUCAAUCAGCAACUGACCAACCACAUCCGGGACACCCUGCCGAAUCUGCGGGCCAAGCUCCAGAGUCAGCUUCUGUCCAUCGAAAAGGAGGUGGAGGAGUACAAGAACUUCAGACCUGAUGAUCCGUCUCGCAAAACCAAGGCUCUCCUGCAGAUGGUGCAGCAGUUCUCGGUGGAUUUUGAAAAAUGCAUAGAGGGCUCCGGGGACCAGAUCGACACAGCCGAGCUGUCGGGCGGUGCCAGAAUCAAUCGCAUCUUCCAUGAACGCUUCCCCUUUGAACUGGUCAAGAUGGAGUUUGACGAGAAAGAACUCCGCAAGGAAAUCAGCUACGCUAUCAAGAACAUUCAUGGCAUCAGAACUGGCCUCUUCACCCCGGACAUGGCCUUUGAGACCAUUGUGAAAAGGCAGAUUGGGAAGAUUAAAGAGCCUUGCACCAAAUGUGUGGACAUGGUCAUUUCUGAGCUAGUCAAUACAGUUAGGCAGUGUACCAAGAAGCUGGCUCAGUACCCCAUGCUGAGAGAGGAGAUGGAGAGAAUUGUCACUCAGCACAUCAGAGACAGAGAAAGCCGUACUAAAGAACAGGUGUUGCUGUUGAUAGACAUUGAGCUGUCCUAUAUGAACACUAACCAUGAGGACUUCAUCGGAUUUGCCAAUGCCCAGCAGAGGAUCAACCAAUUGAGCAAGAAGAAAGCAGCCGGCAAUCAGGAUGAAAUCAUGCCGGAGAGAGGAGUUAACGAUCGGUUCAAGGUGAUCAGGAAGGGCUGGCUGACCAUUAAUAACAUCGGCAUCAUGAAGGGAGGCGCCAAGGAGUACUGGUUUGUCCUCACCGCCGAGAGUCUGUCCUGGUACAAGGAUGAUGAGGAGAAGGAGAAGAAGUACAUGCUGCAGGUCGACAACCUGAAGCUGCGCGAUGUGGAGAAAGGCUUCAUGUCCAGCAAACAUAUUUUUGCCCUCUUCAAUACCGAACAGAGAAAUGUGUAUAAGGACUACCGUCAGCUGGAGCUCGCAUGUGAGAGUCAGGAAGACGUUGAUGCGUGGAAAGCCUCCUUCCUCAGAGCCGGAGUUUAUCCUGAACGGGUCACGGAGAAGGAAGGAAAGAGUGAUGGGGGUGAUGAAAAUGGUUCUGACAACCUCAUGCACAGCAUGGACCCUCAGCUGGAGCGGCAAGUGGAAACGAUCCGCAACCUGGUCGACUCUUACAUGGCAAUCGUCAACAAGACCGUCCGUGACUUGAUGCCGAAGACCAUCAUGCAUCUCAUGAUCAACAAUACUAAAGAGUUCAUUAAUGCUGAGCUGUUGGCUCAGCUGUACUCAUGUGGUGACCAGAACAGCUUGAUGGAGGAGUCUCAGGAGCAGGCCCAGCACCGUGACGAGAUGCUGCGGAUGUACUACGCUCUGCGGGAGGCUCUCCAAAUUAUCGGCGACAUCAGCACAUCUACUGUAACCACGGCCAUGCCACCACCCGUGGACGAUUCGUGGCUGCAGGUGCAGCGUAGCGGAUCUGGAGGACGCUCUCCGGCCACCAGUCCAACUCCAAACCGCAGGGCUCCACCAGGACCCCCGGCCCGUCCAGGCUCUCGUGGUCCUCCACCUGGGCCUCCUCCUGCGGGGGGUCCCCCUGUCCCUUCUCGCCCCGGAGCUUCUCCUGACCCAUACAGUGGGCCACCACCCACCGUGCCCUCCAGGCCUAACCGCGCACCCCCAAGUGUGCCUAGUCGGAGACCCCCGCCAUCUCCAACCCACUAGACUCCCCGGCUCCUCCGUCCUUCCCCUCCUCCUCCGUUUAAUCCUCCUCUGGAUGAGAGGCCACAGACAACAGCGCCACCCUCCUGUCGUUUUCUGCUUCGUCUGACCUGCGCUGGUUCCCAGCUCCUGCUUCUCCCUCGCUUCCUCUUCUUUCCCUCCUCCUCACCUCCACCUCUCUCCCUCAUACAGUGAUGCAGAAUACUUGAAACACACUUGCAUGACUUACAAACAUGCUGCACCCUGAGAACUCAAACUAUGUAAAGACUGAUGAAGCAAAUCAGUUAGCGUGUGCACACACGCAGUAUACAGUCUAGUAAACACAUGCAAACACUUAAACACGGAAACAUUUUUCCUGCUUUUAAACUAAAAGGGUAGACAUUUAGCAUGAAGCUAUGCCUGAGUAUUUCUAAUAAGUAUUCUCUCUUAUUAUUCUCUCAUUCAUCAAUUGUUCUUUUAUUUCAUGUGUAUUUAUUUUCUUCCUUUUUUAAGGAAUCCUUCACACGAAAAAAAUGAAAUUUUAGGGAUAAAGCAGAAAUUUACAAUUUUGUGCGAGCAGAUUUUCACAAGAGUUUCAGAUAAAAUGGCACAAAUUCUUCAGUUCACUUAAACAUCCACUAAUACCAAGAACAUGCGACAUACUUCAUGGUAAUUUGAUGGAUGCUUUGACUCUGUAAAUACUGGUGUUGUGCAGAAGGUAAAUGCUUUAGUUCCUCUGCAGCAUUUCAGCCUCAGAGUUAAAGUAAGAGGCAGAAAAUGUUUCAAUCAACAGAAGUGACGAUGGAUAAAGUAUUUCAUAAGGGAGGUGAUGCAAGCUGGACUUUUUUGAAACUCUGGUGUCUUCUCACUGCACCAUUCAGGUUUUGAGUUAAUGUGUUAUGGCAGUUUUCCAUAUUCGUGUGUGAAGACGACUGACUUUAAUCAAGUCCGCUUGUGAGCUAAACUAUAAAGAACAAACCGUGAAAAAGGAGGUCUGUCUCACACCUUGCAAAUCAUGGUUUUCAUUACCAUUGGCAUUGUUGUAAAAGUUGACCUGUUUCUCACACGGCUGUAAAAUAUUAUUGCUAACUAAACAGCCACUAGUUGUUAAUGUUUGGCCUCAUUGUGGGUAAUCUGUUGUCUGUAAACCAUCAUGCAUAGUUUAAAAGAAGAGCUGGAUUUCAUUUCCUUGAUGAUUUUUAAUAUUCAUCUGGUUGUCAUUCAAAAAUGUAAUCUUACCAGAUGAUAUCUCAUGGCCACAUCUUAAUGACAUAAUUCCUAUGCCAGAAUAACCCAUGGCUACACAUUACUAACUGGUGGCAAAGCAAUAAUAUCCCCCUCACCCUGGAGGUGAACAUCGUCAUUUCUCUGGUGCCUCCUCGCCGUUACGAUUUUAGGCUUUCUCUUGUUGUCUUUAAUCUCUUCAUCCUGCCAAAUAAGAUCGUCUUUUUAUUUUCUCUCUUCUUUCCUUUCACCGAAACAGCCGGUCAAACAAGGGCGGGCCCUCUCGUCCCGAGAGCCCCCUGCCACCAUUCGACUCUUUGAAGGAAACAUUCUCGCUGUUACCUCUUCUCCUUCUUACGCUCAUCUCGCAUUUAUCCAUCCACCCAUCACUCACUCACUCACAUGAGGAGAGGAAGGCUUGAAUGAAUAACAGAAGUAAAGGAUCACCUGCAAAUUCUUCACCCUCAGAUAGACGCCGCUGCUUUUCGUCCAUUUUUCCUCCUCCUCCUCCUUAUUUCAGCCUUGCAGGACAGGAGGAACUGCCCGUUGUAGCCUCAGGAAAGCCUCAGUGUCACUGUUAAAUCCACCUGCGAUUUAAAACUGCUGUUGUCUGUGCUUCCACACGACCUAUGCAACAACUGACGUAAAAGGAAAAAAAAAAAGCUGCCUCUCCUGUGUCUUUCUCGCUCUCUGCUUCACACAAAUGUUGUUACUGCAUUAUCUUUAAGCAAAUGUGCAGCUUCAGACAACUGCAGGACACGCAAGACUCCGGCCUGAGAGGAAGGGAGUCUUUGGCUUGGGUUGAAGCUCUGUGACUGUUUACUUUACAUAUCCUUUUUAUUCAGACAGGGAAAACAGGAAUAUUUGCCGUGUGAAAACAUUCAGAAUUUUAAGUCAGUUGAUGAUUUGCCAUUUCUUCUCUUUUCCCCCCUUUUUCCCUUUUUUUUUGUUUUGUUUUGUCUUUUUUCCAGUGGUCACGGGGGUGAGUGAGAACACUCAAAAACAGCCACAGUCUAUGCAUAAAACUGGCAUUAAAUGAAAAAGCUCCUCUUAACCCUGUCAUUUUACACGUGUGAGAACCUGUGACCUGUGCAAACCCACCACCUUUUCUACCACUGACCUCCACUGACAGCGUGAUGUGUUGUAUUUUUGAACCCAAGCAAAAAACAACCCACCAGCCACAAACAAUAAUCUACUAUUCAUCCCUUGUGCAUCUGGUACUCCACGACUGCAAAGUAAACACAACUAAGCACAUUCUUCUUAUUAUUUAAUGGUAAAUAGUUUAUUAUGGACAUAUCUUAUUGUGUUAUUCUGUAUAUGUGUGAUGCAUCUUAUUGAACUUUCACUAUCUAGGGAAUUUAGUGUAUGAAACCGCUGAAUAUUUAAAUUAUGACAAAAUGAGUAUAUGUAUAAGGAAGUAAUGUUUUAAAAACUACAAAAAAUAUAUAAUACAAUGAUGUAUAUGGGCAACUGCAGGCUGUUUGAUACUUUGGCUUGCAGCAGAGGGUGUUUGCUUUUCUUGUCCUUCUGUGUGUAGAAUAGCAGCGAGGGGGCGGGCUGAAUGUGUCAAAGUCCUGCAGCGACCAGGUCCUGCGUCUUGUUUAGACUGAUGUGGAUGGAAUGGUGACUUUAACCUGCAGGACUGCUGUGCUCUGUCAAGACAUUAAAAACUUCAGUGUGUAAUCAGGGAAGUAUGUCUUUGUGUCCUUUUUUUUAAAUGCUGGUACAUACUGGUGGUAACACAACUAUACGGGAACUCCAUAGCAGCUAAUAAUGAAAGCACCAGACGAAUGUGGACACAAAGUAAAAUAAGACCAAAAUCCUUUUAGGCAUAUUCAAAAACUUGGCUGGAUUAUUCCAACCCCUUACUCAACCCCAUCAUUUACAUAUACAUCUUCAAAGGCUUUUUCAGACCUUUAAAAAAAGUAACCAAGUGUCACUUCUGCAGACUGGUCCAAAGGUCUUUCUUUUUUUCCCUCUUUUCUAUCUUUUGGUACUUGGCACAAAAACACAUAGUUCAUUUCAAUUUCUUUAGGUUAAUCUACAAAAAAUUCCAAAGAUAACACAGUUCAAUAGGCAUAAAAUAAUAUCUUUAGAUGUGUUAGCUGAAAACUUGGCAUAUUUCAUCUGAGGAAAUAGGACAAAUGAAACAAAAAGUGUUGCAAGUUUGCAAACUACGUACAGAAGAUGAACAGUAUUUGAAAAUCAUGUCCUUAAGAAACCAGAAAACAAAUCUAGCAAAGACCUGAGAGAUGCCUAUGGCCCUUCAAUUAAACCAAUUUCUGUUCACUAAAGCCUCAACAGAAAUGGUCUCAGUGGAAAGGUGGCUGUCUAGAAGCCAUCCUUCAGGAAGAGAGGCAGGGAGAGAAAGCUGAGGUAUUCCAAAUUACACAAGAAAUGGACUGAAAAUCAGGGUUAACAGGUCUGAUGGAGUCAUGAAUCUAAAUAUGACAUUUUUGGUUCAAAUCAUCAAUACAUAUGGAAAAAGGUACAACAGUGGGUGUCUGUGGUCAUCUGUAAAACACGGUGGAAGCUCUGUAAUGAUUUGGGGCUGCAUUUCAGCCAGCUGGGUUGUGAAUCUAGUCUAAAAGUAUAAAAUUAACAAGGAAAAGUGUUGUCAGAUUUUGCACCAGCAUGCAGUGCCAUCUGAAAAGCAUCUGAUUAGCAAAGGCUUCAUUUUUCAGCAUGACAAAGAUUCCAGACACACUGUAAAUAAAAUAAAAACACACACACACAAACCAAUUGUCACAUAUGGGCUUUAACAAAUAGGUUGCAGGUUAAGUGGAAAAGUUCCUACUUCAAGUGAUGCUUCAUAAAAUACAAGUCCAUUUUAAAAGGGGCGUGAAGGUUGCAUACAGAGGGAUGCUGAAGAUGUGGUCAAACCAGAGGCAUAUGGAGGAUGCAAACUCUGGAGACUGAGGGGCAAUGGCCUGAUCAAAGCCUGCUGUGACACAGGAACAUAGAGGUAUGUGUGAAGGGCCCGUCAUGCUCUUCUGUCAUCACUCCCUACAGCCCAAUGUUCCUCCCAUCAUGGGUCAUGGGCUGCAUGGGCUUGUCUUUACCUUCUUGUCUAGCACAGUACUUAAAGACAUUCUACUCCUUAAAUUAAGGUUCAGUUCCUUUGUGUGUAUCUCAUACUCAUCUUCACUCUCAAGGAUUUUCCUUAUUCAUCUAAAAGAAAAGGAGGCUCUGGGGUACCAGUAACCGUGGAAACAAAUGAAAAGCCCACCAUUCAGCCUCCUUACAGCCUUGUUUUAGGUUUAAGAAGUUUAUUUAGUUGAACAGAGAAAUUUCUUGUUUUGCUAUUUUGAUGCCUGCAACCUGUCUGGAACCCCUUCUUUUGGACCAAAUGGGACUUUUAACUUUGUAACCUGCCUACCCACUCCUCCAGCCUUGCAGUUAAAUUGGUACAAAACUAUAAACCUUUUUUUAUUAAACUGUCUUUCACUUCUGAGACUGCAUUUGGGUCUUUUUGCCCAUUUGAAAUAAUCACAUUCUUUUGAUCAGUUUUGUAAGGAGUAAAUAUUUAAACAAGACAUUCUUCAGGCGAAAUAAAGACACUCAAGACAGUUUAGAUGGUAACAACGUGCGCACGCUGGGUGAGCGCUGCUGUCUCAGGCUCACCACCAGCGUAUGUGGCAGUUCUUUAUUUAUAGCGUUUCAGAGUAUGUGUGUGUGUGUGUGAAGUUUAUGAUCUCAGAGUGUGUGUGUGUGAUUCUGAAGAAUGGGCCCCUCUUUGUAUUUGGGAGUGUAUAGAUAAGAACGUCCUGCUCUCCCCUUCCUGGGAGUGAAACGGCUCGUAGAGAACCAGGUGCAGAGGAAAUAUACUGGGUGAAUCAUAUCUGAGAACACUAUGCUUUUGUCUUUCAUUUAAGCUUCACUUCAGCGAAACAGUAAAACCAUAAAAUACGAUUAAAUGGAAAGAAUAAAUGGGUAAACAACUAUUAACACUAAAAUUAAAGAUAAACUUUCAAUAACGUACAAAUGGCAGUGGGAAUAAUACUUGAAACAUUUGAAAAUCUCUUAACAUAUCCCUCCUGUUGUUAAUUUGUUUUUACACAUUUUAACCUUUAUCAGCAUACAGUCUCUGGACAGUGCAUUUUUAACUGUUGCUUCAUUAUUAACAGGAGUGUCUUUUUCUUUUAGUUACAGGUUGUUUCUUCAUCUUCAUCGUCGGUGUUUGAGUCAGUGUCGGCGUGUUCCAGCAGUGUCAUAAUUUCUUUUUGGCCGACAGGGUCCGGUGUAAUAGCUGUGGCUAUCAGUCUGUUGAUCAUGGAUCUUAUGCAGGGAAUACAACAACAACCACAUAGGGUCAAUAUGGCUGCAAAAACCGCUAUUGACACUAGGAUUGAUGACACUAGGCUGCGGUACUUUCCAAACAUGUCCAUCCAGCUGUCCCACAUGGAAGUGUCCACUCCAGAAUGUUCUUUCAUUCUCUCAUUCAGGGUCUUCAGUCUUUCCAGGGCCAGAGUCAGACUGCCGUCAGCUGCAGUGUUGUUAGGUAUGAAGGUGCAGCAUUGUUCUCCACUUCUUUGUUUCUCGUUGCGCUGCGCGUUCUUCUGGGCAUAGGCUGCAGCUUAAAAAUGGUUCCCCUUUCAGGACACGUCACAUUUGGAGCCUGCCGGUAAACCGGGCAGUGUGGGUCACAUGGGCUGCUGGUGCAGGCCGUGUUCAUGCCUACCAGGGCCAGUGAUAAGAAUACUGUGAACACGAGCAUGGAACACAUCGUUGUGACAGUGGUCAGUUGGCAUCCUCUUGUCCAGCAUCGACGUCGUCUGUGCGGUUUCUCACCCUCAGGGGCAUCCUGGUUUGCAUUUAGUAUUUCCAUCUCCAUCAGGUCUCCCUCUGUGAGCGUUUCUCCUCUUCUCGACCGUGGACACACCCUUGGCCUCCAAUGAGUAGACACCCAGCAAGAGGAGCGAGUGUCUCAGUGUUGCCACUGAUAGCCCUUCUCCCCACCGAGUGAACACCAGAGGUUAGAGCGGUCUGCAGUCUAGACUUUACUGCUCACUUUUCUAUUCGGGAGAUUGUGGUUCUUGGAUUGGUUCAACCCUUUUUCAACCUGCAAGAAACUGGAAGAGAAUCACUCGGCAGUUGAUUGUUCAAAACUAUUUCUCUGUUUUCCAGCAACUCUGUCAUCCACUCUGCUAGAGUUGUUUCUCUUAUUGACUUGUUUGAAAUUUAAUGUAUAGAAGUGUCUUUAACUAGUGUUUUUAACUAAUUAGACUCCCUCCUGUUGACACAUGAACAACUUCAUGUGUCACAAGAGCUACUGUUUUUGUAUAAAGACUUGGUUGUAACGGUUUCCCAUCACAUAUGAUCAGAUCAUCCUGUAGAAUUGCUCCGCACCUCAACCAUUUCUUUCGCUCUAGUAAUGGCACAAAUGUGUGGUUCAUUUCUCAAGAUAUCCAGUGGAAUUUGCAUAGAGGUGUUGUCACCAUAAGUGCGUCUACUGUUUGUACUGCUACUGAUUUUGCUGCUUGGUCUGCAAAAUUGUCGCCCUCUGUCAUGCCAUAUUUUCAAAAUGGCGUACUGCAGAUCAAAUUCAUCAUUGAUAAGUCAAACCAACGAAAAAACAAAACUAGAAGUCAAAAAAUAAAAAAUA